AUGGUGAGUCCGGUCUGGAUCUGCAUCUCCCACAGCGGAGCGGAGCGGGCUGAGGGCGGCCGCCGGGGGAGCGGAGCGGCGCGGGCUGAGGGCGGCCGCCGGGGGAGCGGAGCGGCGCCGGCUGAGGGCGGCCGCCGGGGGAGCAGCAGGGGCGUCGCGUCGCCGUGUGGGGGGGGACGCCGGGGGAGGGCUGCUCGGGGGCUCGCCGCGGCACUGGGAGGGGGCGCCGGGGAGCGGGCAGCCGGAGUGGGCGCCGGGGAGCUGGCAGCCGGAGUGGGCUCACGUCACUGGGAGGGGGCGCCGGGGAGCGGGCAGCCGGAGUGGGCGCCGGGGAGCGGGCAGCCGGAGCGGGCAGCCCUCGUGGGCGCCGGAGAUGCCGGGCGGCCAGGAGCGCGGGGAGCGGCGAUGGGGCCGGUAGGCUUGGCGCAGGGGCCGGUGGGCGCAGGGAGGCGGCGAUGGGGCCGGUGGGGUUGGCGCAGGGGCCGGUGGGCGCAGGGAGAGCGCGGGGAGCAGGGAGAGCGGCGCAGUGCCGAGCCAGGAGCUGAGCUGCGCAGUGCUGCGAGGGUGGGAGAGCGCGGGGAGCAGGGAGAGCGGCGCAGUGCCGAGCAGUGCCGAGCCAGGAGCUGA